AAUCUGGCGCUGAGGAACCUGUCCGACGCAGUGAGGCAGGAGAAGAUCCAGAAGGCCAACGCCACGUCUGAGGAGAUGUGCAGCCUGCACGGGGAGAAACUCAACCUCUUCUGUCAGAACGAUCGACAGCUCGUGUGUGUGAUUUGUAGGGAUGCACAAAAACACAAGAAACACAACUGCGUGCCCAUCGACGAAGCCGUCGAACCCUGCAAGGCCCAACUCAAGCUUUCACUGGUGAAUUUAAAAACCAAAUUGGGGAGAUUUAAAGAACACAAGUCCGAGUGUGAUAGAAUCGUCGGCCAUAUAAAGUGGCAGGCUCAGCAGACUGAGAAGACGAUCAAAGAGGAGUUCCAGAGGCUCUACCACUUCCUGCAGGCAGACGAGGCUGCAAGGAUCCAGGCGGUGAGGAAGGAGGCAAAGUUCAAGACUGAAGCAAUGGACGUCACCAUCGUGAAUUUGACUGCAGAGGUCUCCUCCCUCUCAGACAAAAUCAAAGCCUUAGAGAUGGAGAUGGCAGCUGAUGACAUUUCAUUCAUGCUGAACAUCAAAUCCAGCAUGGAGCAGUCCCAAUGCAAGCUACCCUUCCCAGAGGUUCCAUGGGGAGCCCUGAUCGACGAGGCCAAACAUCUGGGGAACCUGCUGUUCGCAGUCUGGCAGAAAACAAAGAAAAUAAUCCAAUACACUCCUGUGAUUCUGGACCCCAACACUGGCGCCUCACAUGCGAUCAUAUCCGAACACAUGACCCGCUGUAAAAUGAGCAACAAGAGCCAGCCGCUUCCUAAAAACCCGGAAAGAACGUCGUACUCUGACGUUCUGGGCUCCGAAGGCUUUAGCUCUGGUGCACACAGCUGGGACGUGAAGGUGGAGGGUUAUUGGGCCCUUGGUGUGGCUCCUCGAACCAAUGCACGAGCCUGUGAAAAUGUUUGGGGAAUCUACAUAUGUGUUUGUACUGAUUUUCUCCGUGAGCUUGAUCAGAAAAAUUAUAUAACACUCAUAUCCGAACAUUCAUUUCCCCAAAACGUCAGGGUGCAGCUGGAUUAUGACAACGGAAUUCUCUCAUUUUUUGAUCUCGAUAGAAAAAAGCACGUGCACACCAUCAGAUGCACUUUCACGCAAACAGUAUUCCCGUAUUUCCGUCAGAAUGCAAAAAUCCACCCACAUGAAUUUUCAGUGAGGACAAAAAAAAACAGAUAAACAUUCAGCACGACGGCAGAAAAAUAACCAGAAGAUGAGGCCGUUUUUCAGAACCGUUAGCGAUAGCAAUAUGACUUCAUGGCCGGGUUUACCUCUGGGUUUAUCUCUAACUAACUCACCUCAUCACACCACAAUGUGAUCUGUGGUUCUGGACAAGGUUGGAAAGUGCGACUUGCAAGAUAUUUUUAGGAGGCGUAAUCUCUGAAAGAUGCAAAUGAGUUGCAUCAUGCAAAAUUUGAAAUAAAGGGUCCACUGUUUGACCCCACUAGUGACCAAAGGCAACGGGAACACACUCUUUGAAUUGAAUCAUGUGAAUAUGUUAUCAGAUCAAGAUAAAGACCAUUUUCUAUUUCCUAUUAUCAAAUAAAAUGUACA